ACAUAACCAAUCUGAAGAAGAGCUAUACAAAAUAAGAUAUAAAACCCCCUUUCUCGUGUUUCAACAAAAAAAAAAAAAGACCCCCUUUCUCAUCUUUUGAAAUUACAUCCAAACCCAACUGUUGGUACUCAUGUCCUCCAGAUCGAUUUACCGUACUCUACGACCGGUGCUAUCCUCCGGUUUAGGUACUGGACAUGGAAUAAAGGGACAUGUCAUGAGCCACUUGCCCAUUAUUCGGUUUUUGAGCUCCGACACGUCACCUUCGGCAACUGGGAAUAGCCAGUCGGAAAAUCCCGUCCGAACCACCGACGGCAAAGUCAUAUCCACUUAUUGGGGUAUACCUCCGACUAAGAUUACUAAACCGGACGGUUCAGCUUGGAAGUGGAAUUGUUUUCAACCAUGGGAUUCAUACAAACCGGACGUGUCCAUUGAUGUAACCAAACAUCACAAACCGUCCAAUUUCACUGACAAAUUCGCAUAUUGGACCGUCCAAACUCUGAAAAUACCGGUUCAACUAUUUUUUCAGAGGAAGCAUAUGUGCCAUGCAAUGUUGCUGGAGACCGUGGCGGCGGUGCCAGGAAUGGUGGGAGGGAUGCUUUUGCACUUGAAAUCUCUACGGAGGUUCGAACAUAGUGGCGGAUGGAUCAAAGCUUUGCUCGAAGAGGCCGAGAACGAGCGUAUGCAUCUCAUGACCUUCAUCGAACUCUCACAACCCAAAUGGUACGAACGGGCGAUUGUGUUUGCGGUCCAAGGUGUUUUCUUCAACGCAUAUUUCUUGUCUUAUGUAAUUUCUCCGAAACUUGCUCACCGUAUCACUGGAUACUUAGAAGAAGAAGCUGUCAAUUCUUAUACCGAAUUUCUCAAUGACAUUGAUGCCGGAAAGUUUGAAAACUCACCAGCUCCGGCCAUCGCGAUUGAUUACUGGCGGUUGCCUAAAGAUGCGACGCUGAGGGACGUGGUUUUUGUUAUCCGAGCUGACGAAGCUCACCACCGAGAUAUUAACCAUUAUGCUUCGGACAUACAAUUUCAAGGACGCGAGCUCAAGGAAGCUCCAGCUCCGAUUGGAUAUCACUAAGAUCAUGCGACACAAAUUUGAAUAGAUCGAUGUAUGACAAAUAUAUGUGGUUGAGUUUAUCAAGAAACAAAUAUCUGGUCGAUAUAUAUGUAUAAUUAUGAAUAAAUUUAUUACACGAUA